UCCCCUUUCCGGAGGGGAGACGAGGACCGCAGGUUGUUGGGCUGUUCUGGCGGAGGCGGUGCACUGUCAGUAUGCAACGGUUGCUCCUUCCGCCCCUGAAGUUCUUCACGGGGAGCCACAGUGUCGGGCUCCUUGUCCCUAGGGCGGCGUCCAGAGCACAGUGUGGUUGCAGCUGUGGCAGCAGGCAUCCUCUGAGGCCAGGACAAUAUUACACCAUUGCUGAAGUGGCUUUGCAGUCUAGAAAAGGUACCAUGUUCCUUCCUUCAAAGGCAGCUGAGCAGGCAGUGGGCCGAUGGCUCCUGGUGUGCAGCGGAACAGUAGCUGGAGCAGUUAUUCUUGGAGGAGUAACUAGGCUGACAGAAUCUGGCCUCUCAAUGGUAGACUGGCAUUUAAUAAAGGAGAUGAAGCCUCCCACAAGCAGAGAAGAAUGGGAAGCUGAAUUCCAAAAAUACCAGCAAUUUCCAGAAUUUAAAAUCCUGAAUCAUGACAUGACACUGGCGGAAUUCAAGUUUAUCUGGUACAUGGAAUACUCGCACCGAAUGUGGGGUCGAGCUGUAGGCCUUGCGUACAUCCUGCCUGCUGCCUACUUUUGGAGAAAGGGUUGGCUCAGUCGUGGCAUGAAAGGACGUGUUCUUGCCCUCUGUGGCUUAGUCUGUUUCCAGGGUCUCCUGGGUUGGUACAUGGUGAAAAGUGGACUAGAGGAAAAGCCGGAGUCCUAUGAUAUCCCUCGGGUCAGUCAGUACCGCCUGGCAGCCCACCUGGGAUCAGCGCUUGUUCUUUACUGUGCCAGCCUGUGGACCUCACUGUCCCUGCUCCUCCCUCAGCACAAGUUACCUGAAACCCGACAGCUCCUGUGGUUGAGACGCUUUGCUGGCGGAACAGCCGGCCUGGUGUUCCUCACGGCUCUCUCAGGGGCUUUUGUAGCAGGGCUGGAUGCUGGGCUUGUUUACAACUCCUUCCCAAAAAUGGGAGACUCCUGGAUCCCAGAGGACCUCCUUACCUUCUCUCCCAUCCUGAAGAAUGUUUUUGAGAACCCCACCAUGGUACAGUUUGAUCACCGGCUUCUGGGAAUCACGUCUGUCACUGCCAUUACAAUGCUCUAUUUCCUGUCCCGGAGAAUCCCCCUUCCUCGGAGGACCAAGAUGGCAGCAGUGACUCUGCUCGCUUUGGCAUAUGCACAGGUGGCCUUGGGCAUUAGCACUCUGCUUCUGUAUGUUCCAACUCCUCUGGCUGCCACACACCAGUCAGGCUCCCUGGCUCUGCUCAGUGGUGCCCUUUGGCUCAUGAAUGAACUCCGAAGAAUCCCAAAAUAAUUCUGAGAAUCACUUCCUAGGACUGGAACUGCCUUGGGAAUUCAUAAGCAAGCACCAGACUGGUCAAGUCUCUCAAGACUGUUUUGAGAUGGGCACUGGAUCAAGAAUGUCACUAAGGUGUGCUUACACCAGAGGUUCCCUUUAAAAUCUAUCACGGAAGGAAGUGUCUGUCAUUUGCUGCUGCUUAGUAGGCAGUCUGGCUUUUCCUAGUGUUAGGAGGACCUUGGGUUUCUGUGUCCUGUGCUGCAGAGUCGUGUCACUAGUCAGGCUGGUGAUGCCAGUGAUAGACUCAAGAACAGGUGCCCAGUGGACUCACUGGACCAGUCGACAGGUAACUGAACGUUGGUUUGUUACCAAGGUCUAGGGUUGUCCUAUCUUCUGGUUUUUAAAAGCAGCUAACUAGCUAGAUUCUGAAGUUAAGAUCCUCUUUUAUGUAUGUGUGUAUCUUUGUGUUCCUGUUGUGUACAGAUGCCCGUGGAGGUCAGGGAAAGUGCUUCAGGAAAGUUACUUCACUUUUCUCUUACUACAGUUGAGCGCAUGGCAGGAAACAGGCCUGGUGUUUAGCUAUUAACUGCAGGGCGGUUUCUAUGCGCUCCUGGUGAACAGCUAUAUCGUAACUAUUUUUGUACUUUUAUGGUUUACUGUCCCCAGAUAGAUACCAAAUACUGAAUGAGGGAAGCAUGAAUUGGUGGGAAUAAUACAGUUACUGAUUUUAUGUUCCAAUGUCUAGUUCAGAAAAAGCCAUUACACACUGAAAGGAUCAAAUAAAGUUCUUUUAAUGUUUUCAACA